UAAUUAAUUCCCCACGUUCGGACAAAGAAACAAAAUGGCGUCCAUCCUCAAGUCUGUUUUCGGGCCCUCUACGGCCGGAGCAGAGUCUAAACCCUCUGGAGCAGAGACAGUUCAAAAACUAAGCAACAGAGUAUCUAGUUCUGUCAAUUUGGACGACAGGAGGGACGCCCUGAGGGCUAUAAAGGGCAUGUCUCGUCAAUAUAGGCGGGAGGUUGGUAAUAUUUGCCUUCCAUUGCUGUUCCAGGCCAUUAGGAAUGAUAUUAGUGAUGGGGAAUGCGUGGGAUAUGCUGUGGAGUCUAUAUUGAAUGUACUAUCAUCGGAUGAAGGAGAAGAAAGGACAGAUGAGCUUCUAUUAGGUGUCGAUUAUGCCGAGCAAAUACUCAAAGACCCGGAGAACCUCGUCCUCCUCCUUCGCCUACUUGAAGAAUUCGACUUUCAAGUACGUCACCCGACUGUCCGCCUAUUAACGUCCCUCCUCUGCCUAAAGAUGGUUGAUAUCCAGGAAGCCGUCCUCUCUUCUCCGAUGGGAAUCUCUAAAAUAAUGGACCUACUUUCGGCUAAACAGGAGGUCAUACGUAACGAUGCCAUACUCUUGCUGUCUUAUCUCACUCGCUCUAACAGUCAAAUACAGAAGAUUGUAGCUUUUGAGAGUGCCUUUGAACGCCUCAUGUUGAUAAUAAGUGACGAAGGCUACAGUGAUGGGAGUAUCAUAGUUGAAGAUUGUAUCACUGUCAUGCAGAAUCUUUUACGUGGCAAUUCUUCCAAUCAAGCUUUCUAUCGAGAGGCAAACCAGGUUCAAUCCCUCGUUCCUUUCUUCGAUUUCAAACUGUCCUCGAGUUUGAAAUGGAGUAAUCAAAAAACGUCCAAUGUCCUCGCCAUGUUGUUACUCGUUCGUUGUCUCGUUGCUCCUAGUAAUUCUCAGCAGAACGUCUCCGCCUGUCAGAAAGUGAUGCACCAGUGUCGUCUACUUGAGUUUCUGUGUAUGUUCAUGUUUGCCAGUGGAGUACCUACUGCAGUACUAGUUGAGAGUAUCAAUACUGUCGCUGAGGUUGUGAGAGGCAAUUUCGUUAAUCAGCAGUUUUUCGAUACAGUUGAGACUCCCUCUACCCCACCUCGCUCUGGCAUACUCACCAUAUUAAUGUGUAUGGUUAACGAGAAACAGCCAUUGCCACUACGACUGGCCGCACUCUACUGCUUCCAAAGCUAUCUGUAUAAGAAUGAAGUCGGACAGAGCAAGGUAAUAAAUACGCUUUUGCCUUCUUCGACAGAAACGACAGUCUCAGCAGGCCAGGUCUUAUGUGCUGGGAUAUUUGGUAAUGAUUCUCUUUCCAUAUGGAUGACAGCUAUGAGUCUAGCAGCUGCUUUAAACUCAUCCCAGAAGCCACAGCUGCUUCGUGUCCAGCUCUCCAUGCAAGGGAAAGGCCAGGUCACUCUAUUGCAGCAGUGCUCUGAUGUCCUGGUCAAUAUGCCUGACCUGAAACCACUGAGUCGUGUUGGGCUACUAGUCUUACUGUGUACAUGGCUUACCGACUGCACAGCUGCUGUUACCUCAUUUCUGGAUAACCCAGUUAACAUCCCUUACCUGACUGGUAUGAUAGAGCAUCACUAUAACAAUGACACUGACCAGAUAAUAGGUGGCCUUUGUGCUACACUUAUUGGUAUCUGCCUAGUGUAUAAUGAUGGUAGUUCUUCUGGGUACUCGCCUGAAACGCUACGAGAAAUAAUCACAAGGCGUAUCAAUCAAGACAGUUUUACGCAGUCUUUCACUCAACUCUCGUCCACAGAGUUUUUUAUUCAAGCUAGUAAGCAGCCUCAGAUUCAGGCGGGGAGCGUGAAUCAGAUAUUCUUUGAUUAUCCUUUCACUGUCCUCUUUAGACAAGUCUCCAAUGCCAUACAGAGAGCUUUGGAUCCUUCCAUAGAGACGAAUGGUGGGGCAGAGGGCGUGCCCACUAGCAGCCAGAAUCAUCUCAUAUCCCAAUCACAGCUCAGUGCUAGUUUUGAAGAGCACUCCUCCGUCGUACAGCAGUACAAGGACUUACUCCAAGAGCAAGAUAGACAGAUCAUAGAGCUAAGGAACAAAUGCCAGGAGUUGGAGAGAGGAAGGAAUGGCAAUGAUACUCAAUCACUUCUUAGCAACAGCGCUCCUGGUACGAAUGGGGAACUAAACAAGGAACUGGUGUCUCUGAGAGAGGCUAGUCUCUCUCAUUCGAGACUGCAGGAGUCCUUGAGACAAGAGUUAGGACAGAAAAAUGCAGAAUUGGAAAGGAUGAGAGAGAAAUGCGAAGCACUUCAGCUGCAGUUGAGUCAGCAAUCUAGCUCGGAAGAUGUAUCAAGGUUAAGGCAGGAGGUUGAGCAGUUGAGGUCUGAUAACGAAGCACUCCUAACUGAAAAGACUUAUCUCGAUACGCAACUCAACCAACAGCUGACCCUCUCAGCGAUUGCCCCACCCAUUUCAAGCAACGAGGGGGAAACUCAGGAAAAACUCCGACAGUUAUCAGAGAAGAACCUAGGACUUGAGAACGAGAGGAAAAACCUCCUGACUCGAUUAGCUGAAUACGAGGCUAGGCUAACGGAUUAUGGGUCUCUUGAGGUCAAAAUAAAAGAAUUGGUGAGCAAGAACGAAUCAUUAGAGAAAGAGCAAGAAGACCUUCUCGUCCUUUUAGCAGACAACGACUCUAAACUAAGGAAAUACAGAGAGAUGUUGAAGAACAACAACAUACCACUAUCAGCGAGUGAUGAUGAUGACGAUGAUGAUGAUGAUGACGAUAGCGAUGAUGAAGAUAUUUGAUAUUUUGUUAGUCAGCUACUUCAAUAUUAUUGGUUUUCUCUUGUUUGUAAUUUUACGAUAGUUCUCGAUUUCUCUCUUCCUCUGCAUUUUUUGUUUGUGUGGAGUCUAAUUGGUUGUUGUUAUAUUUUCUCCCACUCUCUCUAUUGUCUGUACAUAAAAUAUUGUGUCUAUACAAGCUCAAUUGCACUUUAAGUGUGUAUUUUAUUGCCCACACUGUC